AUGGAAAACAGUAGACAGAAUACGCAAGCGAUUAACAGUCCCAAAACAAAUCGAAUAUUAUUUAUAUACUUCUGGAUAUUCGGGCUUAUAAACAAUGUCCUUUACGUAGUAAUAUUGUCGGCCGCUAUGGACAUAGUGGGUCCAAAAUUGCCGAAGUCUUUGGUGCUAUUAGCAGACAUUUUGCCUUCACUAAGCAUAAAAGUACUGGCUCCCUUCUUUAUCCAUAAAAUCCAGUAUUCUUUCAGAGUUAUUUCACUUAUAUUUUUGAGCUGCCUCGGAAUGUUUUUAGUAUCCACCAAAUCAAUUGGCGUGUGUCUAUCUGGUGUCGUGCUAGCAUCUGUAUCUUCUGGCUUUGGAGAGAUUACUUUUCUGCAAUUGACUAAUAAUUAUGGGCUGACAGCGUUAAGUGGCUGGUCCUCUGGUACAGGAGGAGCGGGAUUAUUUGGAAGUGGUGUAUACAUGUUUCUGACAUCAAUAUUGCACAUUCCGGUAAAUGUUGCUCUGCUUCUUUUUGCAAUUCUCCCAACAGGGUUCUUAUGCUACUACAACUUAAUCUCCACAGAAUACAGCUCGUUAAAUGCAAGUGAAAAUGAAAAUGAAAUUGUCCCAGUUCUAGACCACUAUCAGGCACAGGAGUAUGAAGAAGACUCCAACAACUCUACUUCGCCUAAAAUCGACCCUACGAAACAGUUACUAGAUAGUGGAAAUUUCAGUAGUCUAUUGAGGCACGUGAUUCAUACUUGCAAAAGAUUACAAAACCUUGUUAUUCCAUACAUGGUGCCCUUAACGACAGUUUAUUUAUUUGAAUAUCUGAUAAAUCAGGCUGUAGCGCCAACUUUACUUUUCUCUCUGAAUGCUGAUGAAAGGAAAUCGAUCCCAUUUUUUUUCCAUAAAUACAAAGACAUCUAUGUCACAUAUGGGGCGAUCUACCAAUUAGGUGUAUUUAUUUCAAGAUCUUCAGCACAGCUCAUGAGGCUGAACAAUCUGUAUCUGCUUUCAUGUCUUCAAGCAAUCAAUUUUGUAAUAUUAAUACUACAAUCUAUUUUUUUUUGUUUAAAAACACCAUGGUUAAUUAUGUUGCUCAUAUUAUAUGAGGGGUUACUAGGAGGUGCCUCUUACGUUAACACCUUUUUGAAUGUAUUAGAGAGUAAGUUAGAUUCAAGCGAGACAGAAUUUGCAUUGGGAGCUGUGUCAAUCGCAGACUCGUUUGGGGUCUUUAUAGCAGCGCUAGUAGGAUUGAAGUUGGAGCCAAGUUUAUGCCAAUAUCAAGUUUCGAAUGGAAGGCCAUGGUGCAAUAUGGAAUGA